AUGGGGACUAACGGCAAUGGUCGCCGAAGUGGCACAAAGAUGCCCGACGUUCGCCGCCCCAUGGAAGAAGGAGACUGUGUCAACGACAUGGAUAGCCCUGAGCUAGACUUCGUUUACGACGAUUGUGAUUCCCAAGCUAACGAAAUAGCCGAACUUUACAGUUACACUGAGCAUCCUGAAUUUCAACUAAAUGUGCGAGCAUUCGAAGACAUAAUGGAGGAAUUUAAUUUUCCACCUAGCUGGCAAAGAUUGACGAUAGUUCAACAGCGGACCGUAAUUAUGAAGCUAUUAGAGCAUUUAGAUAUUGCAGUAAGUGAUAUACGUAUGCGCUCAGCUCGAUGCAUUCUAUACUUAGCGCAAGGAUGUUGGGCCGAAAUGCAAUCCGACGCGGAGCAGGCUCAUUGGGCGCGCAUUAAUAUUAUGACACUUUAUGAUAUGGGAACGUUUGCUGCAUUUAUCGAAUUAUUGAAUCUCGAAAUUGUUAGAAGCAGUUCUGCAAUGGCUUCGAGAAAAAUUGCUGAAUCUCUUCCAGAUUCAACAAAUCUUCGAGUAAUUUUAUCUGUACUGUAUUUAAUUACUGAACACAUGAGAACAGAAAAAGAGAAUCCUGAUUCGGAGUACUUACAUUUAGUGAAAAACUUUAAGGAGGAACUUGGUACCCCUUUUGGAGAGGAACUUUUACCUGUGAAAUUACUCAGUAUGGUAACACAUCUCUGUGCUGGAACCACACCAUACUUCCCAAUGAAAAAAGUACUGUUGUUAUUAUGGAAAGUACUACUUGUUUAUUUAGGUGGUUCUAAAGAAUUGAAGGAAAGGAAGGCUAGACUACGUGAUAAAUUUGGCUUACCCCCUAUUACUGAAGAUACCCUUGAAAUUAUCAAAGGAAUGCGUGCUAGCUCUCCUCCACCCAGUGCAGCAGACAUGCUUGAAAAUCAAAAUCCUGGACAAAGAAAAUUAAAGGAAAAUGAGAGAGCUCUACGUCGGCAAGCUUUUAUGAAACAGACAUCACUUGAUGAAUCUGAUGAGCAAAUAUAUGUAGACAAAGAAGAAACCACUAAUGGAUCAGAAGAUUAUCCAAUGGAAUUUCAAUCAAUGUCAACAGAUAACAUGCAAAAUGCUAAUACAAACCAAAACUGCCCCUACUACAUGUAUUUUAAACAAUUUGAUAGCCCUCCACCUCCGCCACCCCUGCCUAGAAGUUUACCAUGGCAGUCUAAAGUUCGUCAAAAAGACAUUGACAUGUUUUUGGAUAAUGUGCGAAUAAAGUUUGUUGGGUAUUCUCUUCCCGGAGACAGACAAACUGUAGCUGGACUUCCACAACCGAUUCACGAAGGUGUAGAAAUCCUGAAAAAACACAUGUACACAAGUCUAUCAGAAGUACAAGCUGAACGAGAAAUAGAGAUAGCACGGAGUCCACUAACUAAAGCAGAAAAGGAAGUUGAAGAAACUGAAGUUGAGAUCCUGUACAGGGCUAUGCUUCCUAACCUGCCACAGUACAUGAUUGCUCUUUUGAAAAUUCUUUUAGCAGCAGCACCAACUUCCACAGCAAAAACUUACUCUAUUAAUAUAAUGGCUGACUUGUUGCCUGAGGAAAUGCCUGUGACUGUUUUGCAAUCAUUGAAGCUUGGUAUUGAUGUAAACAGGCACAAGGAAAUUAUUGUCAAAGCCGUUACAGCAAUACUCCUUCUCCUGCUCAAACAUUUCAAAAUUAAUCAUGUCUAUCAGUUUGAGCACAUGUCACAACAUCUGGUAGUGUCACAGUCACAGCAACAUAAAAAUAUAAACUAUUUUUUUUGUUUCACAAUGGCUGAGCUCGCAGCUUUGUUACAAACGGAAAUCCCUGAAGGACGUAACCACUUAACCGAUAGUCAUACGAACCUCGAGCGUGUGGCAGAAUAUUGCGAAGCUAAUUACUUCCAAUCUGAAAAUAAAAGGCUGGCUCUUGAAAGUACCAAAAAUUACACUACUCAAUCACUAGCUAGUGUAGCAUAUCAAAUCAAUACUCUUGCAUAUAAUUUCUUGCAAUUACUGGAGCUACAAACCAUGCAGCUAGCAGAAAUGGAAGGCCAAAUGAACCAUAUUGCUCAAACUGUUGCUAUUCACAAAGAAAAGGUUGCUAGAAGAGAAAUUGGAGUAUUAACGGCAAACAAAGUAACUCCCAGGCAAUACAAGAUCAUUGCACCUGCUAAUCCAGAGAAGCCAAUUAAGUAUGUCAGAAAGAAUAUUGAUUACACUGCCCUGGAUGAUAUUGGCCAUGGUGCCCGUUGGAAUGGAGGCACCAGUGGAACCCCUCGUGGCAGACGCUCUGUAUCAGCACAAGGAUCCGCCACAUUGCCGGCUCCAACUACGAAGCCCCCAACUCCACCAGCGGCUGUCCGUGCAGCUUCUGCCACAAACACUGGCACACUGGGCCGAGGAACACUUGGGAAAUCCUCCCGCGAGUAUCGAACGCCUCCCGCUGUGGCGCCACCGCAAGUGCCAUCACACUACGCGCCCAAUUACCCUCGACGUCCACCAGGCUACUCAACACUGCCAGUAGCACAACCACAGGUUGGCAUGGUACAUCCAAAUCAACAUCAACCAAAUUCCAAUUAUUCUCAGCAAGACAUGCACUCGAGUAUGCCGCCUCCACCUUCUCCAUUAAUCGGCUCUGAUGGAGAACAUAGUCAACAUUCAAUGAGUCUUCCUGGACAGCGAGCGUCUUCGUCAUCAGGAGUGCCUUCUUUGCGCGGCGGCUCCGUCUCCCCGCCCCUACCACCGCCGCCCCUCGACGACGAGCUCCACGCGGCCAACAAGAUGAGUGCUCCAUACUCAAGUGUGGUGCCUGCUAUAGUCCCCGAUGAAGAAGACUUACCGGGUUGGGUGCCGAAGAAUUAUAUUGAGAAAGUGGUGGCUAUAUACGACUAUUACGCGGACAAAGAGGACGAGCUGUCCUUCCAGGAGAGCUCUGUGAUAUACGUGCUGAAGAAGAACGAUGACGGCUGGUGGGAGGGUGUCAUGGACGGAGUCACCGGCCUCUUUCCGGGUAACUACGUGGAGCCCUGCGUG